AUGGUAACCGACAUUGCCAAGUCGUCUAAUGAUGAAGUUCAGGAGGUGGUUUGUCGAUCAUGGAAAUCAAAGCGUUCCAUUGUUGGCCCAAAAAACAUGGAUGCGCAGGAUGCUGAUGAUGAAUUAUCCAGCACUCCAUGCCUGAUGUUCUCCAACGGCGUCUUUUUCCACCCUCUUCGCGAUGCCUCCUUCCAAAAUGUGAUUGUUGUCGACACGAUGAGAAGACAAAAAGAUGAUUUCGAGACCGAACUUAGAUUUAGAGCCUUCGGUAACUUUGAAUUGUCUCCGUGCUGCAAUCCUGUUUGGUAUAGAGGGAAGUAUUAUUGCAUGGGGAUGGAUGGAGAUCUUGCUAUAUAUGAUCCUACUAGAAACAAGCUUCGCCAAACAUACUCUCCAAAAGCUCUAUGGAAACAUUUCUCUGCUUCUGAUCAUCGUCAUUUCAUGUUUGAAGGCGAGGGUGAUCUCUGGGCAGUUUUUGCUGCUCGCCAGGGGAGAGAGUUUCCAAUAGCAUCGGUUGUGGAGAGGGCUAAGGUAAGAGGAGUAGGUAACAAGAUCUAUUUCCCAAAGUUUCGAGGAGAUCAAGAAUUAAUGUUCUAUUCUCUUGCCACUAAAAGGUAUCACACUUUUAAAGGAACAACUUACCAAAGUUUUCACGGUUCUAAAGAGAUGUUGCGCUCCACAUGGAUUAAGAUUGACUUCAAACCUACUCAAACAUGGAGCGAAGGUCCCUCGUGGUGA